AUGACGACCUCUCCUCCUUCGCUGUCUCUUUCUCAUCGUCCUUCUCAGCAACGUCUUCAUGAUCCUUACGAUUACGAUGCUUCAGCGGCGACAAGGCCUCCUUACCAUUUUGCAACGUCCCCAGCCAUCCCCUCUUACAGUCCUCUCAACUCAAUCUCAAAGCCGUUGAGAAGCGCCUUGCCCACACAAUGGCUCGAUAAUAAUUCUUCAGACAGUCGAUCCUUGUCUCCUCACAAUAAUUCGGAUUUCUCAUCCGCUGGCGGUUCUCCUCCUAUGGCUCACCUUCCUCCUCCUUCUGUUGCCCCAGCAACCUCAGGUCAGAUCUCAGACGAAGAAAUCAUCCCAACAGCCAUUGUCAUUAAAAAUAUACCAUUUAACGUCAAACGUGAAACUCUCCUUGAUAUCAUCGCCUCUUUAUCCAUACCAACCCCGUACGCCUUCAAUUACCAUCUUGAUCAGCAGGGUUCUUUCCGUGGAUUGGCAUUUGCAAACUUUCGCCAGUCUGCUGAUGCUGACGCUGUCGUGGUUGCCCUCAAUGGCUUCGACGUUCAGGGUCGUAAAUUGCGUGUUGAAUACAAGAAGGUCCUGCAGGCGGGAGAAAAGGAGAGAAUUGAACGAGAAAAGGCAAUUCGAAGAAUGCGUUCCAUGCAACUAGAGAAGGAGCAGACCAACGUAAAUCAGCUUUACGAAGACUACGGCUCGGCCAUUUCAUCGGCAUUCAGCCCUCAGAGGUCAUUCUCAUCUGGUUCUCCCUACCCACAACAGCAGCAGCAGCAGUAUUCCCCCCCGACCAUAUCUGCCAUGCCGAACCCUCAGUAUGCCCUCCCAUUGAACUCUGCCCCCGUUGUUUCUUCUCAGCCUCUGCCACCGGCGACACCCAGCUCUUCUGAGAAGGCAUCCGCCAACGAGUUGGAUCUCAACGAUCCUUCUACAUUGGAAAUAUACUCCAGGAUUUUGCUGUUUAAAGAUGAUCGUAUGCGAGAUGAGCUCGCAUUUUCUAGGACUCUUUCUCCCAAACAACGCAGAGUUGUUCAUCUCAUUGCCCAAAAAUUGGGCGUUUACCACUAUUCUGUUGGAGAAGGCGAAGAGAGAUAUGCAGUUGUAACUCGCAUUGAUCCUCAGAGGCACCAGCAACAACAAGCUCAGCGACAACCACCACACACUCUUUCUCGUGCUCCGUCUGCCUACCUAAGCCCAACUAGCCAGCAACCCCCCGUCGCAAACUCUCUUCGGGUUAAAAAGUCCAUGCCUGACAUGAAGACCCUGCAUUCCCAGUCCCCACGCCUCAAUUCCAGAUCGUCUAACGGCAAUAUUCGUGAAGGCUAUGCCACCAUCGCCUCCCCUUCUCGCCGCAUCUCUGCAGGAUUUUCUUCUCUCUUCUCUAAUGGCAAUCCCUUUGGAGGUAGCUCUGGUGUGCCUCCCGUUCCCAGCUUGCCAUCUACCUUGGCAACAUUGAAUGGCGGGCAUGAAAGUUCUGUUGGUGUCGUUCGUCAACCACGUGGCCCUGGAAUUGGCGGCUUUGGGAGGCGCGACAGCAGGGUCGGGACUAGCGAUCAGGUUCCAGUUAGAGGUGGGCUCAAUGCUCGGACUUACGAACCGCUGGAAAUCUGA